UCAAGGUAAAUUGACAAUCAGCUGUUAGUGGUAACAUUUGCUAUUCGAUAUGCGUAUUGUUUUAUUCACGAAACGUUUUUUAAAAAUUGCUUUUGUUAAGUGCUUCAACAACAGAAUAGUAAAAUAUCCUAAGUUAUUCAACAAGAAUAGCAUACUAUACUCUGACCUUUAAUAACAUAAUCAAAAAGUAAUUAGAUUCAUAGGAAAGCGCUAAAAUGGACGACUUUAAAAUCCCGCAGUUGCCGCCACCGGCAGUUAUUAAACAAAGUGGGGAUUCAGAGCUGAAACCUGAGCAGCCCAAUAAAGACGAAGAGUCAAUAAAAACAGAUCAAAUGCCGACCCCCAGCGGUUCAGCACCAGUUUGUCCUUACAAAGUUCCACCAUGGUCACAGCCGCCUCCUGGUUCUAUCAACUACAAAUUUGAGAUUUUAAAGUCAGGUCAAAUUAUAGAUGAAAUUAAGAAUUUACAAACAAAGGCUAUGUGGAAGUUCGGUCGGUUAGCACCACCUGCCAAUGAUCUCGAACUAGCACAUCCAACCAUUUCCCGCUUUCAUGCAAUUCUACAAUAUCGACCGGGAAAACGAAGUACGCAAACCGGUGAUGAAAAUUCAGAUAAGCCUACAGAUGAUCCGCCAGAGGGCUGGUAUAUUUACGAUCUAAAUAGCACACAUGGAACAUUUUUGAACAAACAACGUAUACCACCUCAGGUGUUUAUACGAAUACGUGUUGGUCACAUGUUGCGACUGGGUGCUAGCACUCGUUCCUACAUUCUGCAUGGCCCGGCAGAAGAUGAGGAACCGGAAUCAGAUUUAACCGUAACGGAAUUGCGAGAGCAACACAGGCAAAAGCUACUUGAAACUGCAGCUGAAGCGGUACGGAAAGCCACAGAAGCAGAGGAACGUGAACGAAAUGAAGGAAUCAAUUGGGGCAUGGGGGAAGAUGCAGAUGAAGAAACUGAUUUGUCUCACAAUCCAUUUGCUAGCACAAACAACGAAGAAUUAUUUCUCGAUGAUCCUAAGAAAACUCUACGAGGAUAUUUUGAGCGCGAAGGUCUACAAUUAGAGUACAAGUGCGACGAAAUGUCUGCAGGAUCAUUUGUUUGUCGCGUAGAAUUACCAAUAGGAGAUGCAUAUGGCCGAGCCAUAGUAGCUGAGGUGGUGCAUAAAGGACGAAAAAAGGAGUGUGUAGUGCAAUGUGCACUGGAAGCUUGUCGCAUACUCGACCGACAUGGCGUUUUGCGCCAAGCAAAUCAAGAACCAUUAAAAAAGAAGGUAAAAUUACAAUCCGAUUCUGACGAAGAUGACUUUCUGGACCGAACAGGAGAUGUAGAAAGAAAGAAGCAACGCAAGUCGCACCCUUCUACAAACAAUGCACUAACAUACGAAGAUUUGCUUAAAAAAGAUUCGGAAAUUGAGGAACAACUUCAGCGAGUGGAGGACGAUAUAUCACGAUAUCAAGAAACCCAACGACGUCUAAAGGCAUCCCAAUCUAAUAAUACUGAUGACUUAGAUCACUUUAUGGAAAACCUAAAGGAUGACAACCUUCUAGAUAAAACGGAAAUACGCAAAUUAAGGUUGGAGCAACAACGACUCAUUGGUGAAAAACAAAAAAUCCAACGGUUAAUAAAAAUUGCGAAACCAAUAGACUUGUUAUUCGAAAAGUCAACGGAAAAGAAAAAUUCAACGAAAAUUAGACAGCUGCCAAUGAUUGGUAAGCGCAAUCAGUUUAGCAAAUUCAAAAUAGCCCCGAUGGUCAAAACAAACCAAAUCAAGGAAAAAGUAACCCAUACAGACUUAGCCUCCGAUGAGGAAGAAAUAGAGGAUGAUGAAGAAAUUAGCUUACAUUUAACAUCGAUUCCAAAAAAAUCUUCUAUUUCUGGAGAUGAAAGUGAAAGUAAAACAAAACGAGAAAAUAGGGCUGAAGAAUAUGUUGAAACAUCCCCCAAUUCCAAGGAGAGUACAAAAAAGGUAUACGGGCCUGCUGUGGUACCGCGUGAAUUGUUAGACGGCGAUGAUCUAGUUACUCCAGCAGAAGACUCCCUAAAGCCACAAGGUGCAAUGCAGUCAACGGAAAGUACCUGCGGUAUUGCGGACACUGAAGCGGAGAGUGCGAAAAAAAAGCGAAGGCAACGGCAACGACAACGACAAAAACGGCUAGAAAGUGAUAUAGACGAGCUGGAGAAACACGAAUCCAGUGAUAAGUAUGCGAAGUGGGUACCACCACCCAAUCAAAGUGGUGAUGGAUACACAGAAUUGAAUGAAAAAUAUGGAUACUAAACCACGAUUAUCUGAUUGUAUAACAUUUACAAAAUAUAUUACUUUUCGCAAUUCCCCUCAUGUUACGCUAAAAGAAAAAUUAUCAAAUACGUAUACAAAUU